CCUCACCCCGUCUACGUGAGACUGUAUGUUGUCAUGAAGUUCGAUUUAAUUGUUUUAUUUGUGCUAUGAUUGUGAAAAGGUAAAAGAAUCGUUUAUAAAACCUUUUAAUUUUUUAUUGAAUUAUUGUGUAAUUUAUAGAAAGUUUAGAUGACUUGUUUCAAAGUGGAUAAUUACAACAAACGAGGUUCCCUCCGACAUAACAUUCACUGAUCCAGUUUCAAAGUUUUGAUGGAAGAAUUUAACGUUACUGAUGCUGAUUUUGAUUCUUACUGGGAAGAUGAAUCAAAAAGCAAAAACAGAAAUAGAAUCCAUGUAGGGUGCCAAUAUCAAGCUAUAGUUCCUCCACUUUUAAAACCAGGAGAGUCUGAUGGUAGACACUUAGAAGACUUGGAGACGCUGAAGUGGAAACCUAACAGUGAUCUAACUGAUCAACAGUUGGAUCAAUAUUUUUCUGUAGCAAGGUUUUUAUUACUAUCCAACCAGAGGAAAGGAUCUGUAGGGUAUCGGCCGCAGUCCGCUUUGAAAAAUCAAGCAAGAGUCCAAGACAAAAAAGCUGUGAGUUUCUUUGCUAGAGCUGUUGACAAGUGCCACAGUUCAGAUAAGGAGUCAGACAAGUGCAUACAGACAGCAUUAAUAGGUUUGAUACAAAAUGUGACUUCUCAUCAUCCUUGUCAUCAUGAUACAAACUGUCAAAUUUCUCGGUCAUCUUCUGAUCCCCAGCCUUCUAGCUCCAACUGGACUUAUGAUGAAACACAGCUGUUUGCCAGGGCUUUAGAAGCCUGUGGAAAGAAUUUUAGUGCUAUUAAAAACGAUUUUUUACCAUGGAAACCUGUAAAGAGUAUUAUAGAAUAUUAUUACCAAGGGAAGGAAAAUCGAGCAAGUACCUGUUGUAAAACACCUAUUAGUAUGUUUUCUCAAGUAAGACCAAAAAAAGAAAGUGUGGACUCUGAGGAUCCAGGAGAACUUCACACUUCUGCUGAAAGUAGUGAAGAACCAGAUUUAUCAACACAAGAAGAACAUAUUGAUGAAUCAGAGGAAAGUAAACAAGAAAGAGAAAACGAAUUACAGGGUGAUUUACCUACCAUUUCUUCAGCUCUAGAAGUUACACCCAUGAAAGCCAAGCCAGUACCUGCCACUCCAGAUCAAGAAACCUCACCUCUUGGAAGCCUUAAAUUCUAUUUUCGUGGAAAGCUGGUACUAAAACUUAAUGCCCAACAACAAUCUAAUGCUAUUGGAAACCAGUGCCAGUGGGUACAGUCUAUAGAUACUCCAAAAGUUCCCUUUCCACGAAAAUUGCGUCGAUGUAAGAAGAACUUUGUUGAUAAAACAGCCACAUUUGUUAAGCAUGAAGAUGGUAGAAAAUCUGUUAGUGUCGAUCUUGAGGAGGUCGAAGGAGGCUUUGUUAAGAAAGCCAAACUGAAAAAUGACUUUGCUGUUAUUUGGCCAGAAGAAAGCUUUGUAUUACCUGUUUACUCACCACUUUCUCCACCUUCAAGUGACUUGAGACAUCUUGAGAGAACCACCCCACAUGAGGGAACCCUCUCUCCCCUGUCUGGUGUAUGUUCAGACCCAAAUGAUAGUGAUGUGUCCCCUCUCCAAAGUCCCACAGAUAAAUAUGGUACAAAAAAAAUGUUUAAGUCCAAGGAAUUAUGGCCUGUGAAAGAAGAACUAUCUAUUAAACCAGAACCCAUGUCUCCUAGUAACCAUCUUGAUAAUGAUAGUAGAAAGCAAACUUCUUUCUUUGGUUCUGGUUGUCAUCAGAAACCUCAAGGGUUUGGCUCCCUUUAUGAAGAGAAAAUCUCCCAUAAAUAUGGUGUUUCAGUUUGUAAAUCUCUGAUAUCAGUGCCUGUUUCUUAUCCUUCUGUUUUGAAAACUGCUUUAGAAGCAACUGAUACUAGUAACAGAUGUUCGUACAAGCUUAACAACAUAAAGAAAGGAGGAGUGCCAAUAGAUUUGUCUGUGAAACCAUCCCAGUCAUUUGUUAAUAAAUCACAAACAACGGAGAGUGUUUGGCAAACUGAUGGAAAGCUAAACAUUGGUAGUGAAAAACCAAAGAACUUGUCAUGGCCAGGUGAAUUUGUUUCGUAUCCAUGUGAGUUCAGGGGCUCUCAGUCUUCCAAUCAGCUAAAGCUCUCUCCCUCUUCACAACAUUGUGUGUCUUUCCUCAAGUCUCCAGCUUCUUCCCCUGUGAGUAGCGUUAAAAACCAACCUUCUUUGAACACUAGAUGGCCUAGUCUCACAACUAAACCACCACCAUUUUCUACCCCUGUAAUCAGUAGUGCCACAAGUACUUUCCAUCUAACAAGCACUUCAUGGACUAGUUGUAGUAACAAACCAAACUUACUGUCUCCAACCCACAUGUGGGAAAGUGAAAAGUCUUUAACAAGUUACCAAGAACAACUAGCCGAUCUAACAUACUUGACCAUGCCGAUCAACAAUAUAACUUAUCCAACGGACUGUGUGGAGAACAUGAAUGGUGUCUCUGCUGCUUCUGGGGUUAACUGUCUCAGUCAAGAGGAUUCUUCUAUGAAGCUAAGAAACAUAGAAGUUACAGGCAAUUAUUCUUCCUCUUCUCAAGAAAAAGAAGAAAUACCAAGUUGGAUAUCAAGCAGAUCAGUUGAUUUAGCUUCUUAUCUUCAUUUGUAUCCUCACCUCUACUCAUACUACCCUUAUGCCUACAAUUUAGCUCAAGCAUCAUGGAAUAGAAUAGCAGCCUCUGCUGAAAUAUCAGAUGAUCCAUUAGAUCUGUCAUCAUCUCUCUCUAAUAAGAAACCAUGCUCACCUCAACUAAAAGAAACCACGGUUGAGUGUGGUACAGUCUCUCGAGUGCCAAAAGUUAAAACAGAUAAUGCAGAAGAAAAGGGCAUGCUGUAUCAACUGCUGAAGAAAAGAGAGUCAAUUAUUCCAAAUGAAUCGAUAUAUCCACAAGAAGUCUAACUUUUGAUAACAUAAGCUUGAUAGAAUAAAGUAGAUAAUAUACAUUUUGUUUCUUGAAAGAAAUGUAUAUUGUUUACAUAGAUAAUAUUUUAGUUAUCAGCUUUCACAACAACAAUGAAAUUAAUCUUAUUUAUCCACUUAUAGCCAUUGGAUUUAUUUGGUGCUUCAUAUAGGCUUAGCAGUUACUCCUUCUUUGCAAAGCUUGUUAAAUACAGGAAUUCUGCAACUACAGGACAGUAAUGUCCUAGGGAAUUAAUAAGUUAUUGUUAAUUAAAUAUAGCAAUCUUUAAAAUUACCUUUUAGUAACUAAUUUAAUAUUUAUAAUUGUAUCAUGUCAAAAAGAAACAUCAACAGUGGAAAACAUUAGGCUCUCAGUAAUAUUUUUCAGUUUUUAUUAAAAUGUUGUUGAAAUGUAAAUAAACAAUACAGUUGAGACAAAUGUUAUUUUCUUAGUAAAACUGUUUCAAAAACAUGAUCUGAAACAUUCAAAAAUUUGCAGUGAAUCAUUUUAUUGUUGAAUGUAAAGUAAACUUAAAUUAUUUUUUAAAUUGAAACUGAAGUUAUCAUAAUGUUAUUAACUAAUAAUAAAUGUUCAAAAGAAAUGACUCAAGAAAAAUUCACCUUUCCAUUGAGAUCUUUCCGUGUACAUUUAAAAGUACUGUGUUAAAGAAAACGUAGCUGAAUUCAUGCUCUUCUAAUUAUUUGUUUAGAUUAAAGAGUGUAAGAUUUCAGUAAAAACUUUAUUUUUUUCUUUGGUUUUAUACUUUGGAAGUUGGAAAUUUAGCUUUAAUGAAGGAACAUAUUACUGAAUAGGAUGUACUGCUCCAGUUCCCUAAGUGCUUAUAAGGUAAUAUAAGUAUAUUUGGCAAUGCUUUUCAUUUUACUAUUCCACUAAAAAAGAAAAUACAUUCAUUUAUGGAAUGUUCUUUUACAUAAUAGUCUAGUCUUCAGAAGUAAUCAUUUGAAAAUUUGAAUACAUUAGGCAGAAUUCUUUUUGGCUAGGGUUUAUACUGACAUAAAAAAAAUAAUGUUUUUGUAUAACUUCAGUAUUUUAACAUUGUAUGCAAGUUGCCUUAAAACAGUAUACAAUAUUGGCUGGAUUUUCGAAACGGACUAUGUUGUCUUAGUUUUCUUUUACCUUCUUAUAUAUAACAGCAGCAAACAGUAUUAGCUAGAUUUUUCAAACAGAUGGUAUUAACUUUGUUAUAUUUUACCUAAGAGCAACAUACAGUGUUGGCUGGAUCUUUCAAACAGACCAUGUUGACUUAAUUAUCUUUUACCUAAGAACAACAUAUUGACUAGAUAUUUCAAACAGACUAAAUCGUCUUAGUUAUCUUCU